AUGGUAACGCCCUCUCUAAUGGUAAUGCCAUCUGGUAACGGCCUCUUUAAUGGUAACGGUCUCUCUAAUGGUAACGGCCUCUCUAAUGGUAACGCCCUCUCUAAUUGUAACGCCCUCUCUAAUGGUAACGCCCUCUCUAAUGGUAACGCAAUUUCUAAUGGUAACGCCCGCUCUAAUGGUAACGCCCUCUCUAAUGGUAACGCCCUCUCUAAUGGUAACGCCCUCUCUAAUGGUAACGCCCUCUCUAAUGGUAACGCCCUCUCUAAUGGUAACGCCCUCUUUAAUGGUAACGCCCUCUCUAAUGGUAACGCCCUUUUUAAUGGUAACGCCCUCUCUAAUGGUAACGCCCUCUCUAAUGGUAACGCCUCUCUAAUGGUGACGCCCUCUCUUAUGGUGACGCCCUCUCUAAUGGUAACGCCCUCUCUAAUGGUAAUGCCCCAGCGCCCCCUCUCUAAUGGUAGCGCGCUCUCUAAUAGUAGCGCCCUCUCUAAUGGUAGCACCAUCUCUAAUGGUAACGCCCUCUCUAAUGGUAACGCCCUCUCUAAUAGUAACGCCCUCUCUAAUGGUAACGCCCUCCCUAAUGGUAACGCCCUCUCUAAUGGUAACGCCCUCUCUAAUGGUAACGCCCUCUCUAAUGGUAACGCCCUCUCUAAUGGUAACGCCCUCCCUAAUGGUAACGCCCUCUCUAAUGGUAACGGCCUUUCUAAUGGUAACGCCAUCUCUAAUGGUAACGCUUUCUCUAAUGGUGACGCCCUCUUUAAUGGUAACGCCAUCUCUAAAAGUAAUGCCCUCUCUAAUAGUAACGCCCUUUCUCAUGGUGACGCCUCUCUAAUGGUGACGCCCUCUCUAAUGGUAACGCCCUCUCUAAUGGUAACGCCCUCUUUUAUGGUAACCGCCCUCUCUAAAAGUAGCGCCCUCUUUAAUGGCAACGCCCUCUCUAAUGGUAACGCCCGCUCUAAUAAUAACGCCCUCUCUAAUGGUAACGCCCUCUCUAAUGGUAACGCCCUCUCUAAUGGUAACGCCCUCUCUAAUGGUAACGCCCUCUCUAAUGGUAACGCCCUCUCUUAUGUUAACGCAAUUUCUAAUGGUAACGCCCUCUCUAAUGGUAACGCCCUCUCUAAUGGUAACAGCAUUUUUAAUGGUAACGCCCUCUCUAAUGGUAACGGCAUUUUUAAUGGUAACGCCCUCUCUAAUGGUAACGGCCUCUCUAAUGGUAACGGCCUCUCUAAUGAUAACGGCCUCUCUAAUGGUAAUGCCCUCUCUAAUGGUAACGCCCUCUCUAAUGGUAACGCCCUCUCUAAUGGUAAUGCCAUCUCUAAUGGUAACGGCCUCUCUAAUGGUAACGGUCUCUCUAAUGGUAACGGCCUCUCUAAUGGUAACGCCCUCUCUAAUUGUAACGCCCUCUCUAAUGGUAACGCCCUCUCUAAUGGUAACGCAAUUUCUAAUGGUAACGCCCGCUCUAAUGGUAACGCCCUCUCUAAUAAUAACGCCCUCUCUAAUGGUAACGCCCUCUCUAAUGGUAACGCCCUCUCUAAUGGUAACGCCCUCUUUAAUGGUAACGCCCUCUCUAAUGGUAACGCCCUUUUUAAUGGUAACGCCCUCUCUAAUGGUAACGCCCUCUCUAAUGGUAACGCCCUCUCUAAUGGUAACGCCUCUCUAAUGGUGACGCCCUCUCUUAUGGUGACGCCCUCUCUAAUGGUAAUGCCCUCUCUAGUGGUGACGCCCUCUCUAAUGCGCCCUCUCUCUAAUGGUAGCGCGCUCUCUAAUAGUAGCGCCCUCUCUAAUGGUAGCACCAUCUCUAAUGGUAACGCCCUCUCUAAUGGUAACGCCCUCUCUAAUAGUAACGCCCUCUCUAAUGGUAACGCCCUCCCUAAUGGUAACGCCCUCUCUAAUGGUAACGCCCUCUCUAAUGGUAACGCCCUCUCUAAUGGUAACGCCCUCUCUAAUGGUAACGCCCUCCCUAAUGGUAACGCCCUCUCUAAUGGUAACGGCCUUUCUAAUGGUAACGCCAUCUCUAAUGGUAACGCUUUCUCUAAUGGUGACGCCCUCUUUAAUGGUAACGCCAUCUCUAAAAGUAAUGCCCUCUCUAAUAGUAACGCCCUUUCUCAUGGUGACGCCUCUCUAAUGGUGACGCCCUCUCUAAUGGUAACGCCCUCUCUAAUGGUAACGCCCUCUUUAUGCGCCCUCUUUAAUGGCAACGCCCUCUCUAAUGGUAACGCCCGCUCUAAUAAUAACGCCCUCUCUAAUGGUAACGCCCUCUCUAAUGGUAACGCCCUCUCUAAUGGUAACGCCCUCUCUAAUGGUAACGCCCUCUCUAAUGGUAACGCCCUCUCUUAUGUUAACGCAAUUUCUAAUGGUAACGCCCUCUCUAAUGGUAACGCCCUCUCUAAUGGUAACAGCAUUUUUAAUGGUAACGCCCUCUCUAAUGGUAACGGCAUUUUUAAUGGUAACGCCCUCUCUAAUGGUAACGGCCUCUCUAAUGGUAACGGCCUCUCUAAUGAUAACGGCCUCUCUAAUGGUAAUGCCCUCUCUAAUGGUAACGCCCUCUCUAAUGGUAACGCCCUCUCUAAUGGUAAUGCCAUCUCUAAUGGUAACGGCCUCUCUAAUGGUAACGGUCUCUCUAAUGGUAACGGCCUCUCUAAUGGUAACGCCCUCUCUAAUUGUAACGCCCUCUCUAAUGGUAACGCCCUCUCUAAUGGUAACGCAAUUUCUAAUGGUAACGCCCGCUCUAAUGGUAACGCCCUCUCUAAUAAUAACGCCCUCACUAAUGGUAACGCCCUCUCUAAUGGUAACGCCCUCUCUAAUGGUAACGCCCUCUUUAAUGGUAACGCCCUCUCUAAUGGUAACGCCCUUUUUAAUGGUAACGCCCUCUCUAAUGGUAACGCCCUCUCUAAUGGUAACGCCCUCUCUAAUGUAACGCCCUCUCUAAUAGUAACGCCCUUUCUCAUGGUAACGCCCUCUCUAAUGGUGACGCCUCUCUAA